UUCCUGGGAGCCGGGCGGGCCAGGCUGGUCCUCCCGCCGCCGCCGAGUCUCCGCUGCUCACGCUGCCCGCCGCCGCUCCCGCGACUCCCGGCGGCGGCGCUCCUCCCGGACGCACGGCUCGGGCAUUUCCCACCGCGGCGCAGCUCCCCCGCCUCCCAGGCUCCCGCGGUGGCGCGGCUCAUGCCCCGGGGCGCAGGGCGCGCAGGUGGGCCGGCCGCCGCGGGGAGAUAGGCCCCCGGGGGGACGGCGGCGGGACCAUGGCCCGGAGACCCGGGGCGCCGGCCGGCUAUGGGGAGGAGUUCACCUUCGUCAGCCCGCUGGUGAAAUACCUGCUCUUCUUCUUCAACAUGCUCUUCUGGGUGAUUUCCAUGGUCAUGGUGGCUGUGGGAGUUUAUGCUCGGUUGAUGAAGCAUGCAGAAGCAGCCUUGGCCUGCCUGGCAGUGGACCCUGCCAUCCUGCUGAUCGUGGUGGGCGUUCUCAUGUUCCUGCUCACCUUCUGCGGCUGCAUUGGAUCCCUUCGUGAGAAUAUCUGCCUCCUACAGACGUUCUCCCUCUGCCUCACCAUCGUGUUCCUGCUACAGCUGGCUGCAGGGGUCCUGGGCUUCGUCUUCUCAGACAAGGCACGAGGGAAAGUGAGUGAGAUCAUCAAUAACGCCAUUGUGCACUACCGAGAUGACUUGGAUCUACAGAACCUCAUUGAUUUUGGCCAGAAGAAGUUCAGCUGCUGUGGAGGGAUUUCCUAUAGGGACUGGUCCCAGAACAUGUACUUCAACUGUUCAGAAGACAACCCCAGCCGUGAGCGCUGCUCUGUGCCUUACUCCUGUUGCUUGCCUACCCCGAACCAGGCAGUGAUCAACACCAUGUGUGGCCAAGGUAUGCAGGCCCUUGACUACUUGGAGGCUAGUAACGUCAUCUAUACCAAUGGCUGUAUUGACAAACUGGUCAACUGGAUACACAGCAACCUCUUCCUUCUUGGUGGUGUAGCCCUGGGCCUGGCCAUCCCCCAGCUGGUAGGAAUCCUGCUAUCCCAGAUCCUUGUGAAUCAGAUCAAAGAUCAGAUCAAGCUACAGUUGUACAACCAGCAGCACCGAGCUGACCCGUGGUACUGAGAAUCCAUCCUGCAUGUCCUCACUAUGGCGACAGGCAAGCGUCAUCAACCAAUAGCAGUGGGUAGAGCUCUCGGCACCAAAAGGAGAUUUGGAUUCCAGUUCCCCAGCAACAGCCCAGUGGGGAGAAGCCAGCUCCAGCCCAGCAGAAGGCAGGGUGCACAGGUGGCUCAAGUCUAGGAAGGCUGUCCAUCUUCUUCUCCUCCACCCUAGCCCUCGGCAUCGUUAGAGUUAUUUUGCAUUAUUUUUAACCAUACACAUUUGGGUUUAUGGUUUUUGCUUUUGUUUUAUUUUGUCUGGGCAGAGAUGUUUGGGAACAUCGGUUGCACAGAGUCUUGGGGGUCCUAGGUGUUGCUUUUCACCGAGGUGCUACAACCAGUGGUCCUACCAGGGCUGCUACUGAGCCUCCUGGACAUAAUCUGAUUCCAUCUGUUGCCAGCAAGACCUGGCUGGAGAGUGGACGCUAACAGCCCUACCUGGAGUCCAGUUGGUAUGAUACCAGCUCCAGAAGGGAAGGGAGUGGAACAGGCAGUGAGCUGGGGGUCGACUGGGGACAGUUGUAUGUGUUGGGUAGGAGUGGAAGGCGAUAUGUUUACUAAAUGCUGCCCUGUCGUCCUCCCAGGUAGUCAAAGUGAGCUACAUCCUGCUCCUCCCUCAUUUCCAUGGAAACGUGGCAGCAAGGGCAAGGGGUACAACAGCAGCCAAAUUCAUCCCUCUCCCCCACUCCACCCCUUUUUAAAAUGUUUGGAACCACGGUCCUUAUACUCUGCAGCCAGCAGAGGUGGGACUGAGCCAUUUGUGUCCUUGAAUUCCUCCCCUCUGGCCCUCCCUCUUCAGCAAGUGGGGUUUCUUUAACCUUGGCAGUACGCUGAGGAGGCACGAUUAACACCCCCCCCCCAUUACCCUGCACCAAAGCUCAGUAUUUCUACAGUGUUAGAAGCAGGGAUCUUGCUGGGGCGGGGGAGCCAGAAGUGGCAAUAAAAGUUUGUUGACCUGCGCUAAAUUGGACUCCAUGAAUUUUCCAUUCUGGCAACUAGAAGGGGAGGGGUAGAAGGGCGCAGCGGGUGGGCCCUCCUUCCAGGUGGGGACUGGAGACUCCCCUAAACAUCACAAUGCCUCCCGGGCCCCAUCCCUCGCCCCAUCUCCCUCAACCAGAGGCACUACUCCCUUCCAGCAACCCCACCCUCUCUGGUCCGAAUUAGGUCGAAAGGUUCCCAGUUCCGACCUGGGAAUGGCGUAGUGUUAUCCUAAAACCUGAUGUUAAUUUUUCCCCAAACUAAACUGAAUUAAAAUUGGCUGCCCAAAACUUUGGGUGGUAAGAACACAGCUGGAAAUCAGAGUCUACCAGUCUCUGCUGGGACGGGGAGGGGAACGAGGAGGAAGAAGGCCGUCUCUUCACCCACUCAGCUCCCUCCUCCAUCUUUAUCUGAAGAAGCUGGUACCGCUGCCCGCCGUACUUCAGGGAGUAAAAAAUUCCCAGCCGGGCGGGCGCAGGGACUUGCUCACACCCUGAGAAGCGUGCGAGGGCGGCUAGCCCGGAGGCCCGGCUGGCGCGUCGGGGGCGGGGCCGGGGCGGGGCUGCGCGGCGCUGUGGGUGGUCCCCGCCCCCGCAGCGGCCGGAGCAGGCGCCUCCGCCCCCCGCCGGGGAGGAGCUGAGAGCUGGGUUGCAAAGGGGUCGUUGCAGGCUGCCGGACGCACCUCUGCUGUUUGUGUUCCCCGAAGUCUCCUGGCUGCGCUCUGCUGGCGGGGGUCUCAGCCUAGGAGCUUCGGCCUGGCCGGAGAAAGACUCGAAAAAGUCCCUACCGCGCUGGGGAGACCGAGUCGCGAGUUCUCUCCCCGCCCCCAGUUUCUUCUAAACGAGCCUUCUGCUCCUGGGAGGGCGCCUUUCCAGCAGCCGCCUGGGGCCCCUGCCAAUGUUUAGCUCCAGCUAGUAACACAACUGAAAGAAAAAAAAUAAAAUCGUCACAAAUAAAAAAAUUAAAA